AAAUGACAGUUCUGCCCAUUUCUUGAACACUCUCUCAAUGCCAAAGUAUCUGUUUAGCAACCAAACCAAACUUCACUCUCUGCUGCAAUGCUGAAGCUACUUUCAUGGCGUCCCUUACCUCACAAAACCCUAACCCUAGACCCGACCAAACCAUUCCUCUCCCUCUCCCGCCUUCUCAGUCAAUCCCUCAUCGAAGACCCAUAUGAAUACGACCCUCCGUUCUCUCCGGUUUCCAAACCCCCAAAGCCCAAGAAAACCAAAACCCAGGAUAAAGCUCCAGACCCGAAGAACGACCCGACCCGUCCUCUCAAAUCGGACCUGCCCUUCGACUUCAGCUACUCGUAUUCGGAAACCAACCCGGCGGUCAAACCUAUUGCGUUCCGGGAGUCGCCCAAGUUCUCUCCUUUCGGACCCGGUCGGCUUGAUCGGAAGUGGACCGGGACUGUUGCCGCGGUACAACAAGAAGUGGACUUGGACCGGGUUGCGGAGGAGAAAAAACGGGUUCUCGGAGACCCGCUAACGGAGGAGGAAGUGGCGGAGCUGGUGGAACGGUACCGUCAUAGUGAUUGCGCCCGGCAAAUCAAUAUGGGAAAGGGAGGAGUUACACAUAACAUGUUAGAUGAUAUCCACAACCACUGGAAGCGAGCCGAAGCGGUGAGGAUCAAGUGUUUGGGAGUGCCAACUCUUGACAUGGACAAUGUUUACUUCCACCUUGAGGACAAGUCCGGUGGGAAGAUUAUUUACCGGCAUAUUAAUGUCCUCAUUUUAUACCGGGGUCGAAACUAUGAUCCGAAGAAUCGACCAGUAAUACCUGUAAUGCUCUGGAAGCCGUAUCCUCCGAUAUAUCCAAGGCUUGUAAAGAAUGUUGCUGACGGCUUGACAUUUGAAGAAACGAAGGAGUUAAGAAACAUAGGACUAAACUGUUUACCUCUGAUGAAGCUGACGAGAAAUGGUGUGUAUGUGAAUGUUGUGGAUAGAGUUAGGGAGACCUUCAAUACUGAAGAGGUAGUGAGACUAGACUGCACCCAUGUUGGUACCAGCGAUUGCAAAAGGAUAGGCGUGAAAUUAAGGGAUCUAGUACCUUGCAUCCCUCUUUUGUUCAAGGAUGAGCAGAUUAUACUCUGGAGGGGGAAGAGGGAUCAAAGGCAAGACUCCGAGUGCACAGAUAGUAGUAAAAUGUCCGCAGAUGCUUAAGUGUGGCCAGAGUAACAAAGCCCGAAAAGGAGUGAUCUUCGGAUUAUGGUUGGUUGGAUAACAGAGGAACAAUGUAGUUAGGAGGAGAAUGGUGGUGAAAGCAGCAGUAGUAGUUGGACCUUGUUCCACUUUGCUUCUAGAUCUUUAUAUUAUAAGAUCAAAUGUUUAACUUUAUGAGGCAACAACCACUUAGUACUACGAAUAUUCUUAUUUUGUAAGUGAGAAGUCUUAAGGUUCGACUCUCGUAGUCGUAGAUAGGGCUUUCAAAAUUAGUUAUUAUGACUAGCUCUUUUAGUGCAAUUCCCUCGUCCUUUAGUGUAAAUAUAUCGUUGUAUUCAAAAUAACCUAAAUUAAACAGACACAUUCGUUACAAAACUAGGCGCUCACAUAGAGGCAAUCUCUCUCUUCCUAAAUAGACUUAAAAACUUCCUUCUCUAACUUGUAUUCAUUUUUCGAUGGAUCAUGUUGUGUUACUUGGGUUGUCCUGCAGGGGCUGACGAUGAUGUCAGUGGCGAAAGGGUUGCUCCGUUCCAGAGCAACUUGAAUGCUCUUGCCAAGGAAUGGGACCCUAUCACGAACAUGGCACCUGAAGAAGACAGGUGAUAUUUUCUAAGCAUUUUCCAACUGAUACCCUCUCUGGGAGGGUCGGAUUAUAGGCUUAAUAAAGAUAAUCUCCACUUGAGUUUGUGUGGGCAUACGGAUGACGUGGUCCUCUGGAUGGACACAAAAGUUUCACCUCUUAAGAGUAGUUAUAAACACAUGCUCUGUAGGAUAAAAGUGUCUGAUCCACCUUGCACUUCGAGGGAUAUCCUCUGCUCCGCCCCCAUCUCAGCGCUCCGCUCUCUUCACACCUCUCCACCAGUGUCCUUGAUCUCCACCUCCGGUUCAUGAGGUUGUAGAAACUUCAAAGAAAGAAAAGAAAAUCUAGGAAGGGUCUCAAUGCUCUCCCAUUCUAGAUUACUCAUUGCUAUGAACUCAUUCGUUUCAUUUGUAAUGGUUUCACCACUUAGAGUAUCCAAGUUCAUUUAUAGUGAAAUGUGACGGGUUUUUCGGUGAAAUUAUGGAAGUUACAAAAUUAAUCGUAUCUACGGUUGAGAUAUAGUUCACC